AUGGCUUCCGAGGUGCGCGCAUGGCUUCUCCUCCUCCUGCUACUACUAACCGGGGGUGCUAGCUUGGGGCCGCCGGCGGCAGCAGGGGCAGCGCCGGCGUUGUUCGACGUGAACUAUGUGAAGGACUGGGGGCGCCUGGUCGAUCAUGGGACUGAGGUUAACCUCAUCUUGGAUCAGACUCGUGGUGGUGGGUUCAAGUCUAAGUCCACGUACGGGUCAGGGUUCUUCCACUUGAGGAUGAAGCUGCCGUCCGGCUACACGGCCGGCGUCGUCACAACCUUCUACCUCAUUUCGCAGCCGGAAGACGGCACCCGUGACGAGGUGGACUUCGAGUUCCUGGGCGACAAGGACGGCGUGCCCGUCACCCUCCAAACCAACUUCUUCGUCAACGGCAAGGGCGGCAGGGAGCAGCGGCUGCACCUCUGGUUCGACCCUGCCGCCGGCUUCCACGAUUACAAGAUCUUGUGGAACCCCUACCAGCUCGUGAUGUUCGUCGACGAGACGCCGAUCCGGGUGGUGCGCAACCUGAGGGGCAGCGUGCCGGGGUACGAGUUCCCGACGAAGCCGAUGCUGAUCCGCGGGAGCAUCUGGGACGGCUCCACCUGGGCCACGGACGGCGGCCGGACCAAGGUGGACUGGUCCAGGGCACCUUUCACGGCUGGGUACCAGGGGUUCGACGUCAGCGGCUGCGCCACGGCCAGCGCGACGCCGCGGUGUGGCUCGCCGGGCCUGUGGUGGAACGGCGUCGGAUACCGGAACAUCACCGCGGCGCAGCGGGCGGCCUACGAGGGCGUCGUCAAGAAGUACAUGACCUACGACUACUGCAAGAGCUCCCGCAAAAUCGAGUGCGCGUAUAUUUGAUGUGCUGGUAUAUAUAUGGUGGAUAUAAAGUUUUAUGUGAAUCAUAUAUAAACUCUUGCUGGUGUGAGAUAAUAUCUUAGCACAAUAAUACUAGUAUAAAGAGUGAGGAUCACUCGCAGUGUGCUGGUUUGUAAACUUUUUUUUGUAUGUUAUUGCGAGUGUUUCAGGCAUUAUUAUUGUUUAAUUUGAGACAACUGAAAUUCUAUA